CGUUCUGGCUGAGGUGAACGUGCGGGUUCGAUCUCAUGCAGUGUUCCGUCUUCGGGUUUCGUUGUGGGUUUAGUUGGGGUAUGUGUGGUGUUUAGUGCCAUGAUGCUGGGCGGCAUGGAUGGCAAGGAGUAUGGGGCGCUGCACGCCGCUGCAGCCGCCGCUGGCUACGCUAUGGAAGCUGCAGAUCCGAAUGGCGGCGGCAUGGGCAACCCUGGCGUCGGUGGUGGUACCCAGCAGUACGGGGAGGUGAACCAACUAGGAGGAGUUUUCGUCAACGGUAGACCUCUGCCCAACGCGGUCAGAUUAAGGAUUGUAGAGCUGGCACAGCUGGGCAUCAGGCCUUGCGACAUCAGUCGACAACUGAGGGUAUCCCACGGCUGCGUCUCCAAGAUCCUGGCGCGCUAUCAUGAGACCGGCUCCAUUCUGCCGGGCGCCAUUGGAGGCUCCAAGCCCAGAGUCACCACACCCAAGGUGGUAUCAUACAUAAAGCAGCUGAAAGCGAAAGACCCUGGUAUUUUCGCGUGGGAGAUCAGAGACCGGCUCCUGGCAGACGGGGUCUGUGACAAGUACAACGUGCCGUCAGUGUCCAGCAUCAGCAGGAUCUUGAGGAACAAGCUGGGCGGAGGGGCCCUGUACCCCGUGCCUCCACUGUACCCUGUACCUCCCCAGAGAUGCUGGCCAUUGCAUCAACCGUAUGACUACUAUGUUUAUCUGCAGGGCCGGCAGCACGCGGCAGGCAACCCUCACGCUCUGCCACACCCUCACCAGCAGCCCCCGCCGCACCACACGCACGCUCUCUGACGCCACCCCCACCCCGCCACCAACCAUGACCGGUGAACACCACCACGUGGAAUACGGGACCACACGAGAACCACAUGAGGGAAGAGUAACAGUGGUAUAUAAUAACGAGGUACUCGUAAGUGGCAUGAUAUUCCUGAUCCUGGAUUUCUGGAUGGAUGGCGGUUCUCCACCGAACUUCUUUAUAGAAUUUUUUGCCACGUCAUAUCACAGAAGAGAAGAGUAGGUAACAGUGGUCUAUCAUAACGAUGUACUCAUAAGUGGCAUGAUUCCUGAUCCAGGAUUCCUGGAUGGAUGGCGGUCUUCUACCUUACUUCUUUGUAGAAAAUUUUUGCCAGGUUUUAUCACAGAAGGAAAGAGUAACAGUAAUCUAUCAUAGCGAGGUACUCGUAAGUGGCAUGAUUCCUGAUCCUGGAUUCCUGGAUAACAGCCAGUCCUCCACUUUACUUCUUUAUAGAAAAUGUUUACCA